AUGCAGAGCGCCUUGCAAGAAGGGCCCCAUCCAGGAAAACGAGACUUCACGACGUUAAGGGCGACGAACGCCGUGAACCCUACCAGUCGCCUUACCAACCCUCCUGCUACAGUCAACUCUACCUUCUCUAACAACCAUCGGUUAGUUAUUAAGGACCCUAAAACAGGUAUAUCAUUUUUAAUAGAUUCAGGUUCUGAUGUUUCCAUUUUACCUAAAAUGACACGUAAUUAUGAUCAACAUAAUAAAACUUGUUUAUAUGCCGCUAAUAACACCCUGAUUCCCACGUUUGGUACAAAGUGUGUUACUGUCAGCUUGGGUUUAAAACGGAACUUCACCUGGCAUUUCGUAAUAGCUCAAACUGAUACUGCCAUUUUAGGAGCAGAUUUUCUACAUCAUUUUCGACUAUUAAUAGACCUUCAUGGGAAGAAAAUUAUUGAUACUAGCACUAACUUAUCUUAUCCUGGUAAACUUAAACUUUCCUCAUCUGACUCUGUAUCAACAAUUGACAAAAAUUGUAAAUAUUUUAAGCUACUCGAAGAAUAUUCCGCCAUUACAAAACUUUCGAAAACAGACUCUUAUAUUCCUCACCAAACUACACACAUCAUCCCUACAGAUGGUCCACCAGUAGUGUCCAAAGCUCGUCGUCUCCCUGCUGAUAAGCUUACCAUUGCCAAACAAGAAUUCCAAACUCUCUUAGACCAGGGAAUUUGCCGUCCUUCAAACAGUAGCUGGGCAAGUCCACUGCACUUGUUAAGAAAAAAUCAGGUUCCUGGCGACCUGUUGGCGAUUACCGUCGCUUAA